UUAUGUUUUUGAUGGAAAGCCCCCUGAAUUAAAGUCUGGUGAGGUAAUGGUUGAACAUAGUUGUGUUUGUUGUAUGUUAUGCCCAGUUUUACACUGUUUUACAGUAGUUGUAGGACGAAUCGUAUGCUACAUCUUAUGUUUAACCCCUUAAGUUGCAUUGCGCCCCAAUGGGACCGGGACCUACUUUAUUACAAUAUUUUACUCAUUAAGGGGACGUGCUUCUCAAUGCCGGGUUAAGAGAACUGAUGCUACUCUAUUUUAGCUUGCAAAAAGAACAGAAAGAAGGGAACAGGCACAAAAGGAACUUCAAGAGGCUGAAGAAGCAGGUUUGGUACUAUUAUUAUUAUUUGGUAUUUAUUUAUUCUGUCACUUUAAACAACCUCCAAUAGAUACAGGGCUGCAAAUAAAUAUUUGACUUGACAGGACAUUUGUCCGAUCACUUUUAAUUUUGGUCGGACAUAACUUGAAUUUGGUCGGACAAAAACUAACAUCACUACGUUUUGAUCGGACAUAUAUACGUCACAAGAUAUAUAUAAGUCACGAGACAAGUAUGCAUGUAUAUAGCCAUUCCGGCGCAACGUUAAGUAAAAUGCUAGAAUGCUUCGUAAACUUUAUUGCAAAAUGCAAAUUGAGUGAAUUUGCAAUCGGAUUUUGUCACAGCAAAAAAAGUAUAAUUUUUUUGUGAUCGGACCAAUGUCCGAUCAAAAUUACUUUUGCUCGGACAUUUGCCAAAUUUAGUCGGACAUUGUCCGAUGUCCGACAGUAAUUUGCAGCCCUGAGAUAUUUACCUGUAUAUAAAACUGGCAAAUGGAAAAUCAAAAUAAAUUUUUUUCAAUCUACAGGGGAUACGGAAAUGAUUGAUAAAACUCAACGUCGUCUGGUAAGUUGCAACUAUUUUAGUUAAAAAAUUUUAAUUCAGGUGGAAUGUGGACAAGAAUAAAAUACAAUUUCUAAAAAAAUCCUUCAGGUUAAAGUGACAAGACAACACAAUGAUGAAUGCAAGACCGUUUUGAAGUUAAUGGGUGUUCCACAUGUAGAUGUAAGUGUUAAUGUCAUCCAGUAUUUUAAUUUAGAUAUGGUGAUUAAAUGUUUCUGAUGUACAAUUUUAAACGCAAUCUUUGCACAUAUGAAAUGCAUUUAGCUUGCAUUUAUCAUGCUAAACACCAAUGUUUAUUUACACCAAUUUUAUAAACACCAAUGUUUAUUAGAGACUGCUAAUCAUGUAUGACAGAUAAUCCAUUUUAGCAUAAACACAAACUAACCCUCAAGUUUAUACUUACUGUAACUGUUUAGUUUAUGUAUUUCUGCUCGUUCAGAACUUCAGAGAAGAUAACUCCCUCUGACCCAGACAAGAUUUCAGAAGAAAUAUUUCCAAAUUUAUAAACAAGCUGUUAGAUAGUUUGCUUCAAAUUUUACAUUGGGUUAAGCUAUAAUCGGCUUUCAAACAACCAACCCCUGGGUGCAAAUAAUGUCUGAUAUUCUUUUGAUAGUUCACCUUAUGUUGCAUAUAAUUAUACACAGGCAAAUUAUAAGACAAACUAUCUUUUCAUUGCCAAUGUUCAUCCAGACGGAUAUCUUCUGUCUCUGGUAUAAAUCAGGCCAUUGUUGGUGGAUUUUGAAAACGAAUUUUCUGUUUUCCCUAGGCACCAUGUGAAGCAGAGGCACAGUGUGCUUCUCUUGUUGCAAACGGAAAGGUAUGUAAUUACCAGGGCUUCACUAUUGUAUUUGUAUUGUAACAGUGUUGUAGGGUGAGUUUACUAAGGACUAUCGUGCAGCAGAUUGUGGUCAACUGGCAGUUGUCAGAGUGAGAAUCAAAGUAUUAAUUUCCAGCACUGAUUAUAAUUGACCAUUUGCGUAAUACACUAAAUUUUGAACUAAACAAGUCUAGACAAAAAUUUCAUCACAGCUUGAAGGAGCAUCACAAAAUUAGUAAUAUUCCAAAGUUUCGUUGCAAAAUGUCGUAAAAUGCGGAAAAUAUAGCCUUGCGAAAUUUGCAAUUUUCAGUCAUUUUAGAUUACAAACGGGAAAUUGACAGCCCCAAACCCUUUGAGGCUGUCAAUUUCCGGUUUGUAAUCUAAAAUGACUGAAAAUUGCAAAUUUCGCAAGGCUAUAUUUUCCGCAUUUUACAACAUUUUGCAACGAAACUUUGGAAUAUUACUAAUUUUGUGAUGCUCUUUCAAGCUGUAAUGAAAUUUCUGUUGAGAUAAAAAUUUAGUCUAUUACGCAAAUGGUCAAUUGGAGGCGAAUAAAUAAGAGAAUGUGUCCACAUGUUUAAAGUUCAUUGACAGACCAUCAUCGGCUGCUCUAGCGAUUACUGAAACUUGCCCUUUUACUCUGUUUUCCCAAGGUUUAUGCUACAGCAACAGAAGAUAUGGACAGCUUGACAUUUGGUUCUUUAAUAACUUUGCGACACAUGACAUUUAGUGAGGCAAGGUAUAGGCUUGUAUUAAGGAUGUCUAAGGUUCUUGCUUUUCCCCCAUUCUAGUUGACUACUUUUUCCGUGCUUAGGAAAAUGCCAAUCCAAGAGUUUCACUUGAACAAAAUUUUGGAAGAACUAAGCUUGUCAAAAGAUGAAGUAAGCUAAAGUAAUUUAUUUCCUCGUUUUUAGUGUGAAGUUUCUUCGAAACUUCACAGUAUUGUGAUGACUGGGGGGAAAUUCACACGAAUCAGUCAGUCAUUCAUUCAGUCAUACAGUAAACUUUCCGGGGGGUGUGUACGAUUUAUGUUCGUAGUGAUUUAUUGUGCUUUGUCAGUACUUUGAAGGUUAUUUAAGCAAUUUCAGUUGACUUAUUUACAUAUUCUGUUAUCCUUUUGCCAAGUUCACAAAAAAUUUCGAGGAAUCGCUUUUGUUAUUGUAAUUUUUUGUAAAUUUUAAAACAUUCGCUUCUCAUGUUGUGUAAAGGAUCUUUACCCCGGAACACCCGAUUUUUCUUUAGUAGCGCAAAUGCGCAUGCGCUAUCAAGCCGUAGAUCACGAUGGCGUGACGAUAUGCUAGGAAGGAGUGACAGUGUUGUUUUCAGAUGUAUAAACAUUUCAGACGUGAAUAUUGAGUAAAUGUUUGAAAAUCUACGCAAUAUAUAAAUUGAUCUUAUGCAUUACGGGCGUUCAAUUAAGUGCCGAUAAUAUUUAGACGGUAUAUUCAUUAUACAGAGCUAGGAAGGAGCUAGAACGCCUAGACAGUGCAGUUAACACUCAACUCUCAAGUGCAUAAACAUUUCAGACGUAUUAAAUAUUGAGUCGAAAAUCUUUGAGAUUCUAGGCAUUCAAUUGAGUGCUGAUAUUAUUUUCACGGUAUACUCAUUAUACGGAGGUAUACAGUACGUGCGAAGAAGCGAGACUGUGUUGUUUUCAAGUAUAUAAACAUUUCAGACAUGAAUAUUGAGAAAAUCUUUGAGAUUCUACGCAAUAAUAUAAUAUAUAAAUUGAUGUUAUGGCAUUCAAUUAAGUGCCCAUCGAUAUUAUUUAGACCGUGUAUUCACUAUACAUUCUCAUUGACUGUAUAAGGUGCUACAUCACAGAACUCAGUACAAAGAGCGAAAAAUUGCAUCAGAUCAAUAAAGCGUAAACAACUAUUAAACAGAAGCGGGUGUUUGUACAGGCGUUUGCGAAGAAAAUUUUGCGAGACGAAAGAAAUCAGUCGAGUCAGAGCUCCUUAAUACCUUAUUUAAAUAAGAAAGACGAGGAGAUAGCCAAUGUGUUAUCGCCAACGUGUUAUCGCCAAUCGCUUGGCUCGCCAACAAGAUUUAUGCAAUGGAAGAAAAAAGCAAGGAGGUACAUGUAGCCAACGUGUACUGUUACGGACCUUGUUUACUGUCUAGCACAACGCCGUUGUCAACGGUGCAAACUCGUGUUCAGUGCAACGAUAACUCUACCAGAUCUUACGAGAAUCAAUCUGUAGUAUUCUGUACACAGAACUGUAUCAAAGCUUGUCAAAACUGCUUUAAACACUGCAGCUAUAACUGUGAAACCAUCGAAAUCUAAAGUGACAUUAUUCAACACAUGCGAAAAGCUGAAAAUAGACACAACGUAACCUUCGAAAAGUCAAAGGUCAAUGAGACUUGUUAUUGUGAAACAUGUCACAAUUAGGUUAAAAUGCGGAAGCGGAUGGAGCGGAUCCACGGAACGGAUAUGCGGAUAAAAUACGGAACGGAUGAAGAUAAAAUGCUUCCUUUCAAUGAUAUAACGACGUAGUGCUUAUUAUUCGUAAUAUAUCGUAUACAGCUAUUUCAAUUAUAGUUUUAGAUAAGUUUAGCAUAGCAGUAGCCUCGUGGGGUGGCGACAGCUGCAAAUUUUAGCGACAGCUGCAAAUGCAAAUGCAAAUGAAAAUUUAGAAUAUGCAAAAUUUGGUUGUUGGUGAAACAAUUAAAAUUUAGCAUGCGUGUAGCAUCACAAUAAAUAGAUAAAUUGUGUCAGUUUCACAAGGCACGUUUCUGAUGUGUUAGGCUUGUUUCAAACGUCACGCUACUCGUGUGCCGAGCGCAUUAAAAGCAAUAGAUAAUGAGAUGAAAUGCCUUUGGUAAUUGUUUAUUUCGUAGUGUAAGCCAUCGAUUAGCUUUUCUAGGUUGUCAGCGAACCUAUAUAGUUCUUGCAGUGUCUUUUUCAAUUUGAAACUUCACACUAUCCUUGGAUCCCUAGUUGUGAUUGAAAUGAUUUAACCAAUGUCAUGGACAUACACGAAAAUGAGGCUCUAUAGCCAAAAUGAUGUACUAGUCCUGGAAGGGUGUAUUUAAAUGCUUGGUUACCUUUGCUCCAUUCUAUGUUUACAUUAUCAGAACAGUGGUAAUUCACCACUUGCACCGUGGGCGCCAUGCACGUGUACUUGGCACAGUAGGCAUAUAUGAGUUUCCUGAAAAUGUGAAUUGGAUCAGAUAAAACGUUUAGAUCUGUAAUUUUUUAUUACCGUAAUAUUGUUAAUCUAUUCUAAUUAAUUUGUAGUUUAUCGACCUCUGUAUUCUUCUUGGUUGCGAUUACUGUGAUUCUAUCAAAGGUAAACGGAACUAAACCCAUGUACAUGUUUCCAAAAGGUUUACCAAAAUUGAAUUCUCGUUGCCUUUUGUUUUGGGCUUUUCACCGUUUAGGUAUAGGACCAAAGAGAGCUAUUGAUCUGAUCAGACAACAUCGAACAAUUGAAGGAAUUAUAAAACAUAUUGAUUCUAAAGUAAGACAUCGACUUUCCCAUUUCUUAUAGCAUGGAUAAUAAAAUAAAUGGAUGGGAAACUAGCUGACGUGAUCUAAUGUUUUCAAUGGGCUGAUGGCGUGAUUGGAUGUUGAAACCUAGUUGCAAACCAAAUUCUCAAAAACGGCAUGUUUAGCAAUAAUACAGCUAAACAUUUUAGUCAAAGAAUAAAUGAAUAUAACUACGCCAUUCUACGAUGAAAUCUCUAAGUAUUCCCAGUCAAUUUUAGCAAAUAUUUGAAGCACUAAACAGUGAAAAAUGCAUCGCAAAUUUCGUUAAAAUUGGGGACGCCAAUUUCGUAGCUACAAAUGUAAAAAAAUACAAAACAAAGACGAAAAACAUUUACCUUGAAUACUUUGUCGUGGCUUAGGCAUGUUUUUAAAACAAUUAGACCGGUUUGUGCUUCAAUAUUGCUCUUUUAAGGCGGAAAAUAUAGCGAAACAACAAAAAUGCAGAGAACUUUGCAAUACGCGUGACGUCACAGAUUGCAACUAGGUUGUUUUUGCUUACGUCAGCGAGAGUCCUAUCCAUUUAUUUUAUUAUCCAUGCUUAUAGUAAUAUACACUUAAUGUCUGCUCCCGACGGAAAUAGUUAGUUUUGUUUUCCCGAGAGUCUCAAUGUUUCCCGAGACGAAGUCGAGGGAAACAUUGAGAUUCGUGUUUUGUUAUAUAACGACGAACAAAAAUCAACUUCAACAACAUUCAUAUAGUGAUAUACAACAAUUGUUUUUCGUGGCAAAAACUCUAUAGAGUAAACGAGUUUAAAAUUAAAGAACCUACUUGAACGGUUUCGGCAGCAUAUCCUGUUUCCUGUUCUGUAUUUUUCUUCCCUUUUACAUUCUUUAUUUGAACACAAACUUGGAAAAUCGUAGUUUCUAAUUAUCUGAGUUGUGCCUCCAUUUUGUUUAUUUAUGUACGUGGCCGGUCGGGGCGGGCAACAAUUUUUCACUUGUUGCUCGGCGGGAAACAUUGCAUUUAUCUGAAGUCACGUGACCACAAAUCAGCCAAUCACGUUUGGUGUUCACGUUAGCUAUAUAACAAGGCAACUUGGAACACGGACAUUGUGUGCAUAUGCGCUGAAUUAAUAUAAUUAUUUUCUUACAGAAAUAUCCUAUCCCUGAAGAUUGGAAAUACAAGGUGCGUGACUUAAUGUUGGAUGUUGACACAAAUCUAAAACAUCACGAAACCAUGGAAACAACCAAAUAUACAGUUUCAUUCUUGACCUUUCUUUCGCCAUGUAGGAAGCACGAGAAUUAUUCAAAAAUCCCGUCGUUGCUGACCCAGAAAAAGUAGAGGUAUUGUUGAAGGCAACAUUUAAUAAAGUGUUAAUCAGGGCUUUUAAACGGACGGAUAAACUUGAUCUUGAAUUUAGUUUUGAGACUCAGUCAUGUCAUUAUGUCACUAGGUGCGAUAUUCUUCUUCUGAUGGAUGUGAACGAGUGGAUAAGUUAUGAAUGUUUUAGUACUCCAAACAUUCGUAACUCAUCUACUCGUUCACAUGCAUCAGAAGGAGAAAAUCGCACUAGAAAUCGUAGCAAGAAUUGCAGGUGUAAACAGGCCUUUAAAUGUGCUGCAAAUUGAAGUUGUUUGGGUUGUAUUUGUAACGUGGAAAUAAUUUUUCCCGUGGCAACUCAGCAAAGUUAAACACACAUGUAGCAUGGAAUAUGUUUCACAAUACAAGAAAAACCAUGAACAAGAAUGGGAAAGUACGUGUAAUGAAAAGAACUAACAUUAUUUUCUCACUCUGCUUGUUGACCACUGAAAGUCUGAAAUCCACCAAUUCAAAACCAGGGAAUAAUUUGAUGCAACGUUUUCUUCUCUUCAGUUGAAAUGGAAUGAUCCAGAUGUAGAUGGCCUUGUGGACUUUCUUGUUACACAAAAAGGUUUCAGGUAAGUUCACCAAUCACGUGAACAGUAUUAGAGAGAUUCAUCUCUCACUGGCUUAGUAAACAUCUGAUUGGUUGAUCGGAUAUAUCAAACGCAUCUGAUUGGCUAAUGGUCCCUUACUGGUAGUGGACGUUGGGCUCUUUCACCUCUGAGAUUCGGUGGGAUCGAUUCUUGUUCCGAUAGUCAGAAUCAGUCAAUACACUCUCGAAAGUCGUGGGUUUUCUGUGUGUACACUUGUUCCUUCUACAGGAUUGUUGAGAAGAUGGAUGAUUGUGGUACAGUGGUUACAUACUGUAGUUAUUCCAUAGUCCUCGUGGCCGUAGUUCGAUUUGUGCAAUGUUCAUUGUUUGUUUGUAAUUUUGCCUCUGUUGCUGUAGGAAGAAUACUUCCAGUUUGACCCUGCGAAGAUCGCGGGUAUUCUCUGGAUACUCCGGUUUUCUCCUGUAGUAACACUUGGCCAACAAGGGAUUACUCUUACUGGACUCGUAGGGAGUACAGUGUAGAACUGAUGGAGUUAUCCAGUGUAUCACUCCGUGUAAAAGAAUCCGAAAUCCAGCAAAUUUCAUGCUUUGGAAUCCACAAUCCAGAGCAUGGAAUCCGGAAUCCAGUUUAUUGAUAGAAUCUUAAAUCCAGAUAAGAAUCCAUUUACUUUUACGAGGAUAGAAUCCGGCGUCCACGACUUGGGAUUCUGAUUCUGAGUUCUUCAUGGAUUCCUUUACAUAGGGCGAAGUAUAACUAAAGUGGUUUCCUAUAAUAAAACUAGACCAACAAUUAAUAGCCUGAUAUAGCUAUACAAUAAGGAGCCUGAUAUAGCUAUACAAUAAGGUUGUUUAGAUUAGAUUUCUGACUAGACCCGUCAUGUAUCUCCUUUUAGUGAGGACAGAAUCCGAUCUGGGAUUACAAAACUACAGAAAGCGCGAAAGACAUCAGUUCAAGGCAGACUCGAUGGUUUCUUUAAAGUGAUUUCAACAACACCUAACGCUACGAACAAACGCAAGAACGACAGCAAAAAGACGAAAGGACCUGCUGCCAAAAAAGCGAAGGCAGGUAGCUUUGGUAAACGACGAUAACGGUAAAAAAACUUUUUAUUAUUUUUUGACAAAAAAACUUGGUUCUUUCUUGCACAAAUACGACGAUAACGGUAAAAAUACUCUUUAUUAUUUUUUGACAAAAAAAUUUUCUUGCAAAAAUACUAAUAAAAACACUUGUAAAAAGGUUUUGUAUAUGCUUUAUGCUUUAAAUGCAUGUCUUGAAUAAAAGAAAGACUAAGGAAUGAAAGAAUAAUUAUAUUGCACGUAUUUUUUCGAUUUUACAUGUACUUUAAAAAGUAAAAACUAGAUAAAUAUCUUUUCUGAAACGAUUAUCAAACCAUUGAGUAGAUAUAUCAAACCAUUGAGUAGAUAUAUCAAACCAUUGAGUAGAAAAUAGAAAUAUGCAUAUUUUUAUAAACACCGGCUUUUAUACAAAUAUAAAUAUAAAUAUAAAUGGAAAUAAACGUCUUGGUUUUAUAAAUAUGGCGGCAUAUGUUUUUAAUUCCUUGAUUUGACUUUGUGGAGAAUUUGAAAGUUUUUAUUUAACGAUAACUUCGAUAAGAAUUUGCAAUUCUGCGUUUUCGUGAUAUAGUUUAACCAUUGUAAUAGGCAAUUCCAGCUUUUAAUUUAUGCGUGCAGGGGGUGAUGGGAAGUGAGGUAUCAUGUUGCUGACUAUGCUGAAAAAAUAAAAAUUGAGUGCCCGUGUAAACACGGAGUGAUAGCUUAUACUUGUAAAUAUUGAAAUAUUUACAAGUAUAAUUCGGCAGUUUUUAUUGAAAUUUUUCAGCAUAAUCAGCAACAUGAUAUUACGAAAGUCACCGAACUGUGGAAUCGCAUAAAAAAUUCGUAUAUCGACCACUCCCACAAACGUCUACGACCGCGCCUACAUAGU